AUGACGUCUUUGGCGUAUCCUUCGACGUCCGUGCUUCCGGAUCCAUCACAUCGUAUUUCGACAGGGUCAAAUUCCAGUCAAGGAAGCUCUGGCUUCGAAAGCAUGAAGUCGCAUGGCACGACUUCUGCUUCUUCAUCGUCGUCGUCAUUCCACACCACCUCGUUACUCACCCCCAGUCACACGGAUUCACCACCGAGUCGAAUAAGUGUACAUUCGAGCGGAAGCGGUGGAAGGUGGGUAGCUUCCUGCGACGUUUCAAUUUCUCAUUUUUCAUGCAUCAAUAUCAGCAAGCGUGCAUUUAGUGGGUCAUCAUCACUCGCUUCAUCAUCCGUCGACGCGCUCGAUGAGUCUUUUUAUUCAUCGUCAUCAGAAGCGCCGGUUAAUGUAACCCAGAUGGUGGCGAAAGGCGUACCCGAGGCUGAAAUACUAGCGAUUUGGUUGGACAAGAUUGGUAUGGCUGAGUACCUUGCCUUGUUCUUGACACAAGGAUAUGAUUUGUCCUCAAUAGCCCGAAUCACGCCUGAGGACCUGCUGUCUCUGGGGAUAACGAAUCCAGCUCAUCGAAAACGAUUGAUGAAUGAGAUUCAUAGCUGGCAGAUCACUGACAGCUGGCCAUCUGUUCCACCGCAAGGUGGCUUGAGUGAAUGGCUUACAUUGUUGGCAUUGCCCGAAUACAUAAGCGUCUUCGAUUCGCAAGGCUACGAUUCUGUUCAAGAGGUGAUGAAGUUGAGCUGGGAGGAUUUUGAGGAUAUUGGCGUGAAGAGAUUAGGCCACUUGAAACGUCUUGGCUUGGCUAUUAAGAAGCUGAAGGAUUAUCGACGCUCAAUGAAUAAUCCAUUGGACACGCUGACGAAUUCAGCCAAGGUUCAUCCAGUGCAGGUGCCAUCGCCAAUGCUUUCAGCACGCUCCGUUGCUCCAGCGGUGCAAGAGCAAAUGGUGCAACAUACCAGGCGCAAUGAUCCACCUCCUCCUGCUCCAUCAAGUACAUUGCGAGGUAAAGCGAAUUUGAAUGGAAAUAUCGACUAUCUGAGCUAUUCCAGAGGAUCGAAGAAUGCUCCCGUCCCACCGUCUAGAGCGAACGAGGAAUGCUCAACGUACCCCGAACUCAGAAGAUCAUCGAAGGGAUCAUAUGAUCCAAUUUUCGAGAGGAUCGAACCUAUUCGGUUGAAUUUGGUAUCCACCGGGAAAAUACUUAGCGAUGCAAGCCGUGAACGUGAUACACCGUCUGUUCUGGGCGCUCCUAAUGCCGAUUGUCCGCCACCACCUGCUCCAUUGCACUGUGAGGGUUCAAUACGUCGGCUGCAGCACGCGUUCCAGUCGUCGGCGAGUAGCAGCGGAGGAUCAUCAUCAAGUCUUGAGCAGUUGCCAUUUGCGAACGAGAAUUGUGGAACAAUCAAGUCAAAAGACAAUGCUGCCCGUAAAACAACGGCCAGCAUGUCUCAGCCACAAACACCCCGAAAAACACUGCCUAUGACCACUUCGGACGGCUCAAUGUCAAAUCGUGAGAAACCCGCACAUGCAGUCGGCCCAAACGGUAACGUAUUGUCGGACAUUGGUUUCAUGCUGCAGAACCUAACAGAUGAAUUGGAUGCGAUGUUGGAUCCAGCAAAGCCUGCAGUGAAAAUGCCUCCUCUGUUCCCAGUAACGAAAUAA